UGUACAUGUGCGUAUGUGCAAAAUAAUUUUAAAGAUGUUUGAAAGUGUUAUGUGUCCAAUUGAUUCUAGAUUCGCGUUUAUGGUAAACAAAAAAUUUAGAUUUAUCAUCACUGUUCAAUUUGUAGUGAGUAUGUUGGUAGUGUGUUUUAAUCUGCAUCAACUGACACAGAUGGAUAUAAAUGCGAAAUAUAUUCAAAUAAUGUUAUACAUGUGUUGCAUGCUGACACAAAUCUCUUUUUAUUGCUGGUACGGAAACGAAGUCAAGCUUAAGAGUCAACAACUGGCUAGUAAUGUGUUCGAAAUGGAAUGGAUUACUUUGGAUCAUAACGUAAAAAGGAGUUUGUUAAUAAUUAUGACACGCAGUAUGAUACCUAUUGAAUUUACCAGUGCCUAUGUUAUCUCUAUGAAUCUUGAAUCAUUCGUCGGUGUUAAUGCAGGAUUAAGUGACAAAAACAUAAAAGUAACAGUAGGGGAAUAUAAAUACUACUAUUAUUGCAGGCAGCAGAUACUAACUGACUUAUGGAUAAAUUUUCAAGUAGAAAACUUAAGUGGUCAUAAAGAAGAAGAAGAGAUAAGCUAUGGAUAUAAUCUCAUAUAA